GUGACGCGGGGGAAAGGGGGCGUGUCGAAUGUGACCGUUGAGUUUUUGACAGGACAGCGGCGACUCAACAGGCGGCCUUGUUCUUUUGUUAGGGGCCCGAAAGUGCGUUCCAAACAAAUGUCUUUCAAAGCCAUGAGGAGGAGAAGCAGGAGGAGAAGCUCCACGACGAGGCGGCGCAGUGAGAACUCGCGCUUCGAUGAAUUCGGCUUCGCGUUGACCAAACGGAAGGACCAGAAACUCCAUCACCGGAGUCAUGAUUACAGCUUCCCCCAGCUGAGCUCGGUGAGGGUGAAGGAGCUGUGCGAGCUGCUCAGCUACUGGAAUGACGCCAGCUUCAUCUGCAAGAGCCAGAUCGAGCGAUUCAUCAGGAUGGGUGUUCCUCCAAGCCUGCGUGGCAGAGUGUGGAAGUGUCUCCUCGCCAUCGACAGUCUGAGGGAAAGCAGCGCCUUCAGCUACCAGAAGUGUCUGCUCGAGGUGCGAGGGCCCCUUGUGGACUUGGGAGUCAGCGAGUACGGCAUCCUGUCGGCCAUCGCCACACUGAGCGACACCGAACACCAUCUGGGCUUGAACCAUGGGCGGACCACCAGCUCCCCCGAGCCCAGAUACUCUACGGAAGACAUCACGCUCUUCAGACAGAUCGCCCUCGACCUACAACGUUCCUUCCCGACCCACCGCUCUCUGAUGGGGGACAGCCCAGAGGCCAUCGAGGGCCAGGCUAAACUCUUCAGGGUCCUCAUCGCUUACGGCAAAUACAGCCCGCAGGUUGGAUACAGCCAAGGGAUGUCCUACUUAGCUGCGGUGCUGCUGAUGCAGCUGGGGGAGGAGGAGGCGUUUUGGGCUCUGGCCGCCUUGCUGGAUAAACCCAAAUAUCUCACCGAACUGUUUGACCUUAGCCUCGCCAAGGUCCAGCACCAGGCGAAGGUUUUCGACCAGUUCCUGAAACACAGGAAGCCACAGCUCUCUCAGCACAUGGAGUCAGUGGGAGUCUUGUCAGUCCACUUUGUGAUGCCAUGGUUCCUCACUCUCUUCACUUCCCUGCCCUGCUGGGACUCUGUCCUGGCUGUCUGGGAUCUCAUCAUUCUGCACGGCCUGUCGGCUGUGUUCCGUACGGCCCUGACCAUCGUCGAGCUCCUGGAGCCUCGACUGAUGGAGCUGAACGACGAGGGAGCGGUGUUACCCCUGCUGUUGAGAGUGCCUGUGGAUGUAGCCCAGUAUGCCGUCUUAAUCCCUGCCCUGUGGAAUACUGAGGUGCAGGACUGGGAGCUCAAAUGUAUGAGCAGUCUGGUGUUGGAUGAGAGCCACCAUGGACCAGAACCGUGUCCAAAACCGAAGGCCACACUACCAACCCAAGUCAUUGAAGAAAAAGAAAAUGUACUGACACCUCCAGAAGGAGAACAGACCUCUGAGACGGUGUCUGUUGCGAGGACUAAAGGUGUACUGACCCGCAUGAUGCGCCUGGCCCAGCGCUACCUGUUGAACCCAAUGGGCAGAAACAGGGCUGAGGCGAAGCCUUCUCAAACACAGGCCAAGCCCCGACAACGCAGUCCUGCACCCGGACGAGUCUUCCGGAGUCGGACCUCGUCUUCACUAACGCAAGCUCGGAUCAGAACCCGCAGGCGGAGCCAGCAGAGAGGCGGGGCUCAGCAGCCGGUGGGGCAUGGGACCGGCGGCGAUGUCGCGGUGACAGAUGCAGCCGGGAGUAGUGACGGAUCAGAGCCAACCCUCAAGAGGACCUGCACAGGACCUUCUGGCAAGGCAUCCGGUCACCGUAGCAACAGCCUUGUCCAGCCCAUCAGAGUCAAGUCCCUCCGUCUUCUACGGAGCAGCAAGAACCCGCUGGGCCAGAUCUCUCCCUCCUCCUCCGUCCUCCCUCCGUCCCUCCGUUCCUCGACCCUUCCUCCGUCUUCCUCCUCCAUCGCCCCGUCUCCGAGUCCUCCAUCAUCAUCCAGCGGGGAGCAGCAAGACACACCCAGGACAGCUCUCAUCAAGGAGUUGUCGUCCCGCCAUCAGACCAGCGUCCCGUUCGGGAACGCCAGAGAGUCUGCGCUGAUCUGACACCGAGGACGGGAGAGGGACGGGAUGGAACAAGCGAAGUGAUACGAUAGUGAAUUAGUUAUGCAAAUCAGGGCAUCGUGGACCAAAUGCGUAACUCACUCGCACAGGGACACAAUUAAACGUGCGGGGAGUCGUGUGCCCGGUCCAUCCCUGCGUGAAUGUGAAGACCUGCUCAGGUCCUCUAGACCGGCAAGGACAGAUUUCUACCACAGUAUUAAGCUAGAGUCUCUUUAUAUCUCUUUUGAACCUCUUUGAUACUGCUUUGCCGUUUUCAGUUGACUCAUAAUGACUCCUUUUUUUAUUGUCUUGCAAAGUUGGCACUAAUAAAAUAUUGAUAUUUUUAA